UACCAAUGUAUUUUGUUUGCUAAGUGAGGCAUAUCUAAAAGAAAACACUAAUCGACGUACCUGUAAAAUUCUAUUGUGUUUGUGCAGAGAAUGGAAAGUAAAACAAUUUCCAUUUUGAGCGUUAAAAUCUUGUAAAACAUACUAGAACUUAAACUAGAACGCAAAAAUAAUUGUUUUUUUAAGUUUUACAAAUUUUGUGUAUUCAGCGUUAUAUGAGUGAAAUAAGAGUGUGCUCAGACACGUUGUGUAAUUUACAUUUUCUUCUUUAACUGCUGGACUGCUGGCUCCUCCGGGGUCAUCUUCUCCUCAUUCGCUAGUGCACAACACACUACGUAUUUUCAAUCAUAACUACUUUCUCAACUAUUGACGUUAUGAAAAAUGGCCGAAGAUCGUGAAUUGAUCACAAAGUAUGGCAAGCCGAUGCGGUAUGAUCGAAAUUUCCGCGGACCAGAAUGGCGUAACCGAAGUUGUACAGAUGUGCCGUGUCUGCUGAUCUUUUUCUUAUUUUUAGGCGGCUGGGGCUUUAUCGCACAAUAUGCCGUGCGCAAUGGAGAUCUCAAUAAGUUAGUUGUACCAACGGACUCAUUCAAUCGCAAAUGCGGAAUCGAUUCAUCGGUACUGGAUAAAAAGUAUUUAUUUUUCUUCGAUUUGGGAAAAUGCAUCGAUCCUGUUGUACCGCUCACUGGCUGCCCUACACAACAGGUUUGUGUUGAAAGUUGUCCCACACAGACUUUUAUUUGGGACAGAAUGAAGAAUAAACUCCCACUUGCUGAAUUAAAGAAGCGCAUGAUUUGUCUCAGCGAUAUUGAUAGAAAUAAUCUACAUACUUUAGACGACAUGCAAAAAGCCAUUGACCAAGAACGAUGUGCGCGUUGGUAUGUGAAGAGUGCUCCAUUUUUAAACCGUUGCAUGUGGGAGUUCUCUCCUCAAAUUUGUGAACUGAUACCCUCCUUCCUUCUGCCACGUAACAGACGUGAGUCAAAUGGAUCACGGAAUUCUAGCUUAGUGCUAGGAGAAACACGUAAUCUCCUCGAUGCUUUGAUGGAUGACAAUUCAAAUUUGAUGGAAAUGAGGUUGGAAGCGCUCGCCUUAACAGCAAUUCCCGAACCUAGUGUAUCCUCGAAGCAACAGCCCGUUGAAGAGCCUAUACAAUGCCGGCGUCGUACCGAACAGGCCGAAACUAUCAAGCAAAAGGUUCGUCAAGCUGACACGCAUCUGGCUAAGUUGGUAGGAAACAUGGUUGCACACUUCUACAACGGCACACAUGACGCUCAGCAGCUUGGGGAAGAGAUAGUGGAAGAUAUUAUGAACUCAUGGUACAUUGUACUUAUGGCCUUAAUGUGCACUUUGGUUGCAUCGUUGAUUCUGAUCGCCUUGAUGCGGUGGUUCGCAGCCCCGAUUUUGUGGAUAUCUGUUUUAGGCGUUUUGGUCGGACUUAGUAUGGGAAUUUAUUACAGCAUUAAGCAAUAUCGUUUUUGGCGCGAAACGGCAACUGUGCCUAACCAUUCCAUUAAUUUAGAGGCAGCGGUAAAGAAUAUAUUUCAAGAAGCCAACACUUGGUUGUAUUUAACCAUCUUUCUAAGCAUCAGUUUAGUAGUUAUCCUAUUGUUGGUUAUUAUUCUACGAACUCGAAUCAAUAUAGCCAUUGCGUUGACGAAGGAGGGUAGUAAAGCAGUGUCGAGCAUUAUCUCAACUGUUUUUUUUCCCAUCUUUUCGUGGAUACUUUUUAUUUUGGCCGUUACAUAUGCGGUUGCAGUUGGUCUUUAUCUAGGCACAAUUGGUAAUCCAUCUUUCCGUAUGAUACGUCAAUUGGACCCCAACAGCAACACAGGAGUUUCAAACGAGAACUGCAAAUGCAGUGGUCAGGCAAGCGAAUAUCAAGUAGGCGGACGCUGUGACCCUCAAAUUUUUGAGUUGAACUGCUUUGUUAAUUUCGACCAGCAUAUUCCUUGUAGACAAACCUCUUGCAGCUUCGCUGAAAUCGAACAUCCACCGUUUGUAACAUGGUCCAUUUGCUACAAUGUGUUCGGUUUCUUCUGGUUGACAUUCUUCAUUGCGGCCUUUAGUGACAUGGUGUUGGCUCUUACUUUUGCCACAUGGUACUGGACAUUCAAGAAACGUGAAGUGCCCUACUUCACCUUGGGACGGGCCUUCCGCCAAACCAUAUUCUAUCAUCUCGGAACCUUGGCAUUUGGCUCGUUAAUUCUUGCCGUAUGUCGCAUGAUACGUGUGGCUCUAGAAUAUAUCGAUUCUAAAUUGAAGAAGUACGACAAUUCAGUAACACGAGCCAUACUCUGCUGUAUGAAAUGCUUUUUUUGGUUACUUGAAACUUUCUUACGCUUUCUAAACCGCAACGCGUACAUCAUGUGUGCCAUACACGGCAAGAAUUUUUGCGCCAGCGCCAAAGAUGCUUUCAAUUUGGUCAUGCGUAACUUUUUGCGUGUAAUCGCCGUAGACAAAGUCACCGAUUUCUUGUUCUUCCUCUCGAAAAUACUGUUAACGGCCGCUGCUGGCGUUGGCACCUACUACUUUGUGGUAAAUAAUCCGCAAUUAAUACAACUCCACUACAAUGCGGUGCCGGUGACGAUUGUUGUGUUGGCUGCCUUUAUUAUGACAACUGUCUUUUUUGGCGUCUACUCCAUGGCGGUGGACACGCUCUUCCUGUGCUUUUUGGAGGACUGCGAACGAAAUGAUGGCUCGCCAGAAAAGCCUUUCUAUAUGUCGAAACAGUUAAUGCGUAUUUUAGGCAAAAAAAACAAGUUAACUCGUCAAAGCAGUUAAAAAAAACAACUUUAUAUAAAAUGUGUGCAGAGAGGAGCUUGAUGUGGAAUUUGCUAAAGCGUCGUGGAUGGUUAGUGGGAAGUCUAUAGCGUAAUAGUGUAGAAAGACAUUUUAUGAAAAUACUAUAUAUUUAUAUAUACUGGUUUUGUUAAAGUUCGAAAUUAAGCUUGCAAAGUUUAUGGAAAACAGAAAAGGUUGUGUUGAGACAAAUUACAAUAUAAUACAUUUACAUAAAUAUUUACAUAUUCAUAUUCACAAGAAGAAGUUAUGAAAAAGCAAUAUAGAUUAUAGAUAUAUACAUUUUAUAUGCAUAGUACAUAUGUGCACAUGCAUAAACCUUAUUUCAUUACUAAUAUAUGCAAAUAAAAUAUUUUAGUUUCAAAUAUUGUAAUAGCACAGAAACAAUUUAAGUCAGGAAGAAGAAUUAUGUGGAAGAAUAAUUAAAUGUGGUACUCUUACAUACCAUUAUUCAUUGGUGCUUCAUUCGAGUGAUUUGCGAUUUAGCGACAUAGUGAUUUAUUGCGAAAAUUUAUACAAUUCAUCAAUGUAUGCCAAAAUAUUUAUUAAGGCGAUAUUAUUAUAACAUAUAAGAUUAAAUAUUUACAAUUUUCUUUAACAUUUAAUUUAUAUUAUAUUUUUUUACAUAAGUAAAUAAAUAAUACUUACAUACUUAAAUAUGUAGUAUGAACAGCUUUGUAUCUACAAACUAUAAA